GUCACCUAAACAUUCCACUGACAAAAUGCAUGAAAUGUGUUCAGCAUGAAACUGUACUCAAAAUGGCCAACGCUCAACCAAGUUUAACUGCAAAUGUAACCAGUUAUCUCGAAGGACAUGUUUAUCCAGAAAAGAAGAACAUCAAGCUGUGUCACCAACGACUCAUUGACAGGGCUCUGGCGCCGCUUCUCCGGCUAGUCGGCGAAAAGGACGACCGUUUUCAGAGCGAAGUACCGAGAACUUCGGACUGCACAUUCGGGGUGACCGCGACGGGCGGACAUAGGUUCGAUGUUUUGGUCCCGCUUCGCAACCUUCUCACCCGUAAGAGGCAAGACGUCUCGGGGGAUGAGAAGUGCUUCACCUACACGGACUCAUGUCAGAGUGACAAUCCUUACGUCGCGCCCCUGCCGGGUUUCGGCUUCUUGAGGACAGACCCGGCUGUCACAUUUCUGCAGGAUUUAUGCGGCAGGGAGGAGGAUGAGCAAGGUUCGUUGCUGAUGCCUGGUAAAGUGCUGCGUCGCUUCUGUCGUCUCCUUGAGGAGGCAGUGAAUGCAUUGGAGCAGGAAUGUUUCUGGGAGAGAGAGCCGACCGUCUACCAGGUCACAGUCGAGCUGCAGGGUCCGGCUGUGGCACUUACCCUGCUUAUGAGAGGCAACUCAUACACUGUUAGUCUCUUACCGGCCGUCAAUGUGAACGCUUGGCCGGAGGGGACGUUGAGCCAAUGGCCGCACUGCUCCUGGAUGUCGCUGGACAGAAUCGAGUCCGUCAAGCCACAUUUCUACCUCUUUGCAAUCAGGCCUAAAGGGACUGAGGAUGCUCGUAAACUCUGGUGCAGCUGUUUGUACCCAGGAGAGAAUCUCCUAGCAGCACAGGCGGAUGAAGGACGCGGUUAUCCUACUUGCCGACGCCGGGCGCUCGACGCCAUCCUGGCGAUGCAGGAGGAAAACCACGAGGAUUUCAAUCCGGUCGGGCCCCGCAUCAUCCGCACGGUGUUCCUCCACCAGUGCGUGCAGUAUCCGCAGGAUGAAGACUGGGAACCAGACAAGCUGGGCCGCGCCUUCGUGGACCUAUUCCUGGCGGUCAUCCAAGCCCUGUUAAAAGGGGCGUGCCCUCACUUCUUCCUCCCCGAAACGAACCUCUUGGCCGGCUACGACAGGAGAGAUCUCAAGCCCGUGGCUGACCAUCUCAAGGCGAUUCUGAACGAUGUUGUGCAGCGGCCGGACAAAACCUUCUUCUUGGGAGAUGUGAAAGGGCGGAAGGAAUACACUCGGUUAAAAACCACAUGUGGUCCCAAAUUUUAGCAUAAUACAUUUUCAAAUUUGAGGCUGCAAGAAAUUCCUAGAGAUAAACUAUUAAUUCCUAGAGAGAUAAACAUUAAUUUAUAAUGAGGUUGUAUAUGGUUAAAAAACGUAUGUUUAUUUUGUGCAGUAGUUUUAUACGAAAAAAAUUCUAGACAGUAAAAAAAAGAAAUACACUUCAACGUGAGAGAUGUAUAAAAUUAUUCUUCAUGUCUUGACAGGUAUUGAAAGCAUUACUUUGUAGUUAAAAUCCUGUUUUCUUGUUUUGUCAAAGUAGUUUCUGGUGACAAAGCCACUGUUAAAAUGAUGCUUUUCUGCUCAAUUUAUUUAAAAUAAGGUGGUAUAAUGCAAAAGAGAAUUAUUCGAAACCCUUUGCAAAGGUUUGUGUGGUUUUCUUGUUAUAAAGCAUUUCUUCUCGACUUGGAACUCGGUGUGAAGUUAUUAAGUACUGCCCGUCUUAGCCCCGCCCCUUUGUUGGACUUCACAAAUGGCCGAUUCUUAGCGAGAGGGGGCGCUGUAGCGACGCCUGAGUCGGAGUACAAAAGACGUGAAUGCCAGGUUUUUGACGUUAAUUUACAGGUAUCUAUGAUUCGAAAGUCGUACUUUUUGACAAUUUUAAUUUUCAGAUUGAAUUAAAGUUGCCAAACGCC